AUGGCAAACGACACGGAACUCAUUAAAUCGCCGUUCAUUUGGAGUAAAACACAGACGAAUUUGUCAAAACUUCUCAAAGAAUACCCACUGCCUCAGAUUGUUCGAGUCGUGGAUGGCUUCUGCAGCAAAAACGAAGACACAAUCUUAUAUGACGAACAGAUACUGGCCUUGCACGAAAUACAUUCAGUACGGAAGCUAAUUGGUACGGACAGUUCGGAUACGCAAGUAGCUAUUGCAUUGUCGUGCCCAACACAAGUCCUAGUCUGCCCGUCCAAAUGUAAGUACAUAGCAUGUAAAGUCGAAAAUUUUCAAUCCAUUUUUCCUAACAUACAAUACGUACGAGUGAAAAGCUUCGGGCCUCAAUCAAGGAAUGCCAAUAAUGAAAGCACGUUCAAAGUUGGUGACAUAAUACAAAUUCAAAAGAUUGACAGAAAAAAGAGAAGUGUCCUUUGUCAGAACACUGACACCAAAGGAGACAUGACUCUAUCCUACAACUCCCCGGCGAUUUUUAGCCCCUUGCUGAACUGCCAGAAAUAUACACUCUCGAAAGUUGUAACCAACUACGGGCUGCCAUCGAGGGUGUGCUUUGUAAGCACCCGUUCGCAGGCUGAUCAAAACUCGGAUCAGUGGAACAGCGCGUUAACAGGUCUCACCGAAGUGGUCUUUCAUAAAGUGGUAACUGAAGUUAAAGUUAUCGCAACUACCGUAGGGGGAGGGAUGGGUGAACUAACGCACUAUAUAGGUCUACCGACUGACCUACCCAUCCGCUGCGCAGUCGCAGAACGUUUCACUAAAAAUGGUGAGAAUUAUGAAGAUUUUCUUCAAACGCUACACGCAGGUUUCGACAGCAAAAACAUUUCAGAGAGAGCAAAUGUGUUCCAGAAAAUAAGCCGUGUAAAGAUACACGAUUCUUCCAAUAUUAUGACAACCGUCUCACGACCGCAACCCGACACCUUACCGAGUCUUGUACGAAGUACUGCGCCGAGAAGUCAGCCCCACGUUUCUCCAAAACCUGGGAGAACAGAGACAAAUUAUUCAAAUAGUUAUGAAGAAGUUAAGCCAGCAUGGUGUUCAAACUUCAAGCAAGAAUUUGCGGAUCCUAGUUUAUUCCUAAACAAACAAUUAUCUGAAGUUCACAGUGAAUAUGUCAUCCCAAUGACACCGCCAAAUUUACAACCUCAGAUCAAGAAAUUUGUAAUACACGAACGAAUCGAAAUGGAUAUGAAGCAUGUUUAUGAAGAAAUUGAUCCAAAAUUGGAAUGGGAUUCACAUUCCAGGAAGUUUGAAAGAUCUGGGAAUUGUAAAUCGCACGAAGAUCCGCAAACGGCAUCUGGAAAAUCAUCAGAAAUGAAAUUUGUAGCAAUAAUUACUACAGAUGAUAAUUACGACAUCCGGUCGAUGCAAAUAUUAGCAAAGUUAGACUAUGAAAUAUUAGAACACGUGCGUAUGACACAAAAUUGUUUAUUGCCUAAAAAGAAAGGCCUGUUUACACUUGCAAUUUUUGCCGCGAUGUUCUUCUUCUGAUGGAUGUGAACGAGUACAUGAGUAUGAAUGUUCCGAGUAUUUGUACCUUCAUCUCAACAUUCAUAAUUCUUCCACUCGUUCACGUUCAUCAGAAGAAGAACAUCGCACAUAAAAUCGCGAUCGCAUUGCAAGUGUAAACAGGCCUUUACAAUCGUAGAGCAAGUUCUUGUAUAGAUCGUUAUUUCCAUGUUUCAUUAUUGAGAUAUUUUCUUUUCUUUAAAAAAGCAAUGCAAUCCACUAAAACGUAAUUCAUGAAUGAGGCAUCAGUGAAUACUUAAUUCACCUUUCCGGAAAGUAUAUCACUUCGCUAUAUAGAGCCUCGUUUUCGUGUAGGUGAACACUAGUUAAAGUCUAACGUCUCAAUAAUGAAAAUCAGUUUUGUGUGAUAUGCACUUCAUGAGUAAUGUAAUGUAAUGUAAUGUAACGCAACACAAUGUAAUGGUUCUGUAAUAACAAACAUUAUAAAUUGAAAAGUAAUGAUAAACUACUAAAACUUUGCAAGCUUAAUUCAAACUCAAUGAAGAAGACUAGUUCUAUAGUUAUAAAGGAUUUUAUGACAUUUGAAAUUUUUUAAAAAUAAAUGUUAUCUAGCUUUAUCAGAGCUUUGAAGUGAAUUCUUCAUGGUAUGCUAUAUAUGUAUAUAUUUACAACAGAACGGUUAUAUAAUUAUUUUAAAAGAGCUGGUACUAAAUGAACAUAAUUAGGAAAGCAAUGACUUAUCAGUGCCCCUGUUGUUAGUAAUAUAUACAGUUGUAGAAUAGUAUGUUGUUGAAUAUUACAUAAUUUUAUAGUCGAUGCUUAAUAAUAAAGGUUGUAAAUUCAAUUGCAUGUAUAGGGCCUGUUCCGGGACCAAAAAUCGCUUCAAGUCGUCCUAGCCCCUAAGUUGCCUUUUACAAUGUCAUGUUCGUUUUGCUUGUGGUUUUUUGUAGCUUCGUCUUCAACUUUCACAACAUACUGCAUACCUGUCUUUUCGUCCAUUUUGAUGGUAAAUGUUGUCUUCGUCAUAUUGUACAUGUUCUCUGAUCCUCUGCGUUCAAAAUAGAAUCGUAUGUCCCACUGAACCUUGUUUUGAAGAGCUCUUGGUCCUGCAUCAGGGUCAAGAUGUCGACUAUGAUAUAUGUCGUACAAGUCUGAAGAAAUAUCAAAGUUUGAAAUUAAAAUUUAGGGAAUUUCUGUUGUUGCAUAUAAAAAGGAAUGCACAACGUUUACAUAAAUGUAGUAAUUAUAAUUUAUUGCUAUAUUUUACCUUCAGGGCUGACAGCAGCGUGAUUCUUUGUGAAUCCCUUUCCUAACUCGCAUAAUUAAUUUAUCCCUUGCAUCUGGGAAAUUUUCUGAAGAGUGGAAGGAAGCACUUGUGGUUCCAUUGUUAAAACACCAGGGGUUGAAUCUGGAAUUCUGCAAUCUUCGCCCAAUUAGUAACCUUCAGUAUGUAUCGAAGUUGAUAGAACGAGCUGUUUUCGAGCAGAUGAAUAACCACAUGAUGCAGUUUGGACUUUAUCCUGUUUUACAAUCAGCAUAUCGCAAGGGACACAGCACGGAGACCAUUCUCCUCAAGAUACAGAAUGAUAUUCUUCUCAAUAUGGAUAAACAGAACGUAACCUUGUUGGUGUUCCUGGAUUUGAGCGCCGCGUUUGACACUGUGGACCAUGACAUCCUUAUUUCACGCUUGCAGUCUAGUUUUGGGAUUAAAGGAAAUGUCUUGAACUGGUUUUCAUCAUACCUAUCAAACAGAACACAACGCGUGACUCUUAGCGGUUGUGUUUCGGACAGUUUCUCCCUGGAACAAGGUAUUCCACAAGGUUCUUGCUUAGGACCGUUGCUAUUUACAAUAUACGCUAGUAAGUUGUUUCAGAUCAUAAAAACUCAUCUUCCGGAUGUUCACGCGUACGCAGACGACUCACAGCUAUACCUUGCAUUUAAGCCAGACAGCGAAUUGAAUCAGGAUGCGGCAGUAGAAUCAAUGGAACUUUGUGUAAAGGAUAUCAGAACGUGGAUGAUUGCUGACAAACUGAAGAUGAAUGACGAAAAAACGGAGUUUAUGAUAAUCGGAACUAAACCACAAUUAGAGAAAGUCAACAUUGAUCACCUGAUGGUUGGUUCUUCAAGGGUGUCUCCUGUGCCUAUCGUAAAAAAUCUUGGGACGUGGUUCGACUCGAACUUAAAUUUGAGAGAACAUAUCAAUAAAACUUGUAGGGCUGCACAUUUUCAACUUCAUAACAUCAGACAUAUUCGAAAGUAUCUAUCUGACGUAGCAACAAAAACCUUAGUUCAUGCGUUUAUCAUUGGGCGCAUAGACUAUUGCAACAGCCUCUUGUAUGGUUUACCAUCCGUCCAUCUAAACAAACUACAGCGUGUACAGAACUCUGCUGCCAGACUAAUUUGCAAUAUUUCCAGAUACGAACAUAUAACACCUGUACUGUAUACUUUACAUUGGCUACCUGUUCAGUAUCGAGUCAAUUUUAAAGUUCUUAUUCUCGCCUUUAAGGCAAUUCACGGACUUGCUCCUGAUUAUAUAAGUGAUCUGAUAUGUAUCAGAGACAAGUCAUCUAAUAAUACAGGUUUACUGCUUGCACAGCCAAGGGCUAGAUUCAAGAAAACAUUGAGAGACAGAUCAUUUACAUCUGCUGCCCCAAAACUGUGGAACAUGUUACCAUGUCACAUUAGAAAUACGGACAGUUUUAACAGUUUUAAAAAGAGUUUAAAGACACAUUUAUUUAGAUUAGCUUUUGACAUAAAUACAUAGAUAGGUAUACUUCAAUUUUAACUAUUUUAAUACUUUAUUGUACAGCGCAUUUGAUCAUAUAUAAAUGCUAAUUUGCGCUAUAUAAAUUGUAAUUAUUAUUAUUAUUAAAGUCCUUUUUCUGGCAUUCCUCACUGGAAAUGUGAUAAAACUACAUCUAAGAUUCGUUGUGUGUGCAGUAGGUCCAAUUGCCCGACAGCCAGUCGUACCCACGCGAUUGCCCGAAAGCACUAGAAAAUCGCAGUCCUUUGAUAGCCAGUUGGUUUCGUUCAAAAGCACGUUCAUGCCAGUCCUGUUCCGCAACGCCGAUCAGCGCGCCUGCAUUUGGAAUUUCACAGGUUUCUGAUAUUAAUCACGGCAUCUGAAAUAACCGCAAGGCAUGUCCGUUUAUCUAUAGCCGGCGAUUAAGAAAAGGUAAGCAUGUCAAAAUUUAAAUAAUUAUGAUCAACUCAUACGAAUAUUUAUUUCCUACUAAAUAAUAUAUGAAAACUAUCAUUAUUCUGCACAUAUAAUUAGAGGCAUAAAAACUAAAUUUAAGAAAGGUGAAACAAACGUUUUCGACUAUAUAGUCAGGAUACAUAUAUCCUGAAGAUGAUUUUUCUAUAUAAUCGAACACGUUUGAUUUGUUACCUUUUAUUGUGAAUUCAGUCUUUUCAGCCUUAGUAUAACAAAUUUUCUCUAAAAAGGUGACUAUUAUUUUAAUAUCUUGAUAAUUUUUGAUCUAUAUAUAUUUCAGUGCACUUUGGCAAGAACACUAAGGAAUUAAACCGACAUUGUGUUGCAUUUAACAGAAACUCAACAAAUCUCUUAUUUAAAAUACAUUUCCAGUUAUGAGGAUUUUUAACAACUACAACUCCAUUGACUAUUAAUUUUAAAAUUUGUGGAAAUGUGCACUGACGGCUAUUAAAUUCUUAUGUAACUUUUUAACCUUGUUCAUUGGUGUACCAUCAUUAUUAAUAUUAGACUUUAAUUAACAUCAUUAUCAUAAACUUUUGCCAAAUUUAGAUUCAGGCUGACAAAACCAUGAGGAUGCGUUCAGUAUAUUGACAGUAAGUGAAUAUGACAUAGUUUGCUGACAUGAAAAAAGGAGUGAACAUGCAUCGCGUGACUGGAGAAAGAACAUCAAUCAACAAUGUGACUAAAAAGAGAAGCUAAAGAUGGUGGUAGCAGAAUCGACCGGAAAAGACUGAGACUGGCAUCCAGCAUUCUCAUUUUACGCGCCUUAGAUACCACUCCAGUAAUACAUCGAGCCCAUUAGAAGAAAACUGAAAUAGCACAAGUUGAUGUGCCAUGUUUGUUGAUCAUCCUUGUCGCAUUGUCGUCUUGAAUCUAAAUCAGCCUACAUGCACAGUUACAGUAAAGCACCUCUUUGCCAUUAUUUUUACUUAUUUUAGUUCUUUAUACACCUGACGUGGGCCAAGUUGAUCCGUAA